AUAUGAACGUAAAAUAAGCAGAGCGUAGAGAAAACGUUAAGAGAAUCAACGAACAACAGCUCUGCUUCUUCGUCUUCGAGUGUACGCAUCUUGCUCGAAUCCUCUUCUUCAAGGGCGGCACGAAGAGUCUCCGAGCCCCUCUUGCUCCGAUCAGUCGAGCAGGAGGGAAAGAGGAGGGCGGAGAUGGAGCAGUUCCGGAAGGUCGGGGAGGUGAUCGGCAGUCUCAAGGCUCUUAUGGUGUUUCAGGACGAGAUACAGGUCAACCGCCGGCAGUGCUGCUUGCUUGUCGACGCCUUCGGCCUCGCCUUCGACAGCGUCGCGGAAGAGCUCCGGACCCACUUCUGCUUCGCGGAGAAGACGGCGACCAAGUGGCGCGCUCUAGAGCACCCGCUGAAGGAGCUCCACCGCGUGUUCUGCGAGGGCGAGCAGUACGUCCGGCAUUGCUUGGAGCCCGGCGACUGGUGGAGCAAGGCCAUCUCGCACCACCGCAACGCCGACUGCGUCGAGCUCCACCUCCACAACUUGCUCUGGUGCGUGCCCGUCGUCCUCGAGGCCAUCGAGAACGCCACGGAGAGCGCCGACCACGACGAGCUCCACAAGAAGCGGCUCAUCUUCUCCAAGAAGUACGAGAGGGAAUGGAUGGAUCCCAAGCUGUUCCAGCAGAAACUGGGGAAGUCAUACUUGACCUCGCAAGAUUUCUGCAACAGACUCGACUCUGCUUCGAAAGAGGACUCAUGGAUCCUCUCAGAAACCAUAGCCGAGAGGAGAAUUUCCGCCGCGAGCCCUCUCUCGAAACAGGAGAACAAGUUCGCUGAGCUCCUCAUUGGCCCCAGAAGCCAGCUUUUCCCCAGCUCGGUCCUGCUUAGUUCGCCGGAUUACCAAGUCCGGCGAAGAUUUGGAGCCGGGAGUAACUACAAGGAGGUGCAGUGGAUGGGCAACAGUUACGCGGUGAAGCAUGUCAUCGGUGAUGUUGAUGCACUGAUGAACUGUAUCUCGGUCCUGUCAUCGGUUGCCCACCCGAAUGUGAUGCAGUAUUUGUACUCCUUCGCCGACGAAGAGAAGAGAGAGUGCUUCAUGGUGAUGGAGCUCAUGAACAAGGAUCUCUCCAGUCACAUAAGAGAGACAUCUUCCUCGAGGAGAAAGGUGCCGUUCCCUCAGCUGGUGGCGGUGGAUACCAUGCUUCAGAUUGCAAGAGGAAUGGAGUACCUCCACUCCAAAAAGAUUUAUCACGGUGACUUGAAUCCUUUCAACGUCUUGGUGAAGGCCAGGAAUUCUUCCCCUGAUGGAUUUUUGCAUGCGAAGAUCACCGGUUUCGGGCUCUCGCCGACGAAGAACUCCAAGGCUAUCACAAAUCCAUGCAUCUGGCAUUCGCCGGAGGUCCUGGCGGAGCAGCAGUCCGGCAAUUGUUUGAGUUUGACAGAUAAGGCUGAUGUCUAUAGCUUUGGGAUGAUAUGCUUUGAGCUUUUGACAGGGAAGGUUCCCUUUGAGGACAACCACCUUCAAGGUGAUAAGAUGAGCAAGAACAUCAGGGCUGGUGAGAGGCCACUCUUUCCAUCACAAUGCCCCAAGUACCUCGCAAACUUGACAAGAAGAUGUUGGCACUCUGAUCCAGUGCAACGACCGAACUUCACUUCGAUUUGUAGAGUGCUCCGAUACAUCAAACGGUUCUUAGUUUUGAAUCCAGAUCAAAGCCAGCCAGAGCCGCCCACACCGCCUGUUGAUUAUUUCGACCUCGAGAGUAGCCUUUCCAAGAUUGUCUCAAGCUGGGCAAGGAGAGAUGAUCCCAGAGUCUGGGAUGUUCCAUUUCAAAUGUAUGCUUAUAGAGUCCUGGAAAGGGAGAAGACUGGUGCAAAUAUGAAGGAUAGGACAUCUGAAUCUGGAAGUGAAGGGGCAUCCAUUUGUGGAGAUGAGAAUGCAUUCAAUGGAAUUCUAGAUGAUGCACUCUCACACUCUAGUGAUUCAGUUAAAUUGUCCCUGCAGAGUUCCCCGGAUACGAAAAAGAAAGCAUCGCCGAGACGACUCAAUGGAAAGGUGAAUAAGCAAACAUUAGAGCCAAAAGACAGGAGUUCUAUUGCCACAAGUAUCAUCUGGUCAAAGUGUGAGGAGGGACUCUGAAAGACAACACCAACAAGUAGCAACAAGAGGAAGGCGGAGGGGACAAUCAGGUCAUUCCUCAGAUCCAGAAUUAGUAUGAGACUUGAACACUGUUAUAAUCGAGAAUUGGUUUUCCCUAGAAAGUUGAUCACAAGGUAGCAAGAGCCAUGUUACAACUUACAAGAGCAAUUCACUACUACAUAGUCAAUAACCACAGUUUGUUUGUCUUGCAGUAUCAAAAAAUUACAUGUUGAUACAAAAAUGAGUGUUUUGAAAGGUUUGCGCUAGUCAAAUAACACAAAUCUUAGUUGAGUGUUUUGGGUGAAAAAUUCUCUGUUCAACUGAAGUCAUUGUGAUACAAUGUCUGCUGUAAUGGAGAAUUCUGAAAUGUUGGAGUUUGUUAAAAAAGAAAGAAAGGCAGCGAAUAUUUGCAACUCUUUUAUUUUAAGCAACACAAUAGAAUUAGCCAGUUUGGAAUUUGAUGUGCUAUAUAGUUUUGCCUCUCUAAUUCUUGUCCUUGCAACAAAUAUGUAUGCAGAUUUACAACUAAAACAAGGUUAGGUUUGUGACAUGUACCAGGAAUGUACCAAAUCCUAACAAAUUGUCUGAGACAAUAACAAAAAGUCUGAACUGCAGAAAAAAAGAAGAAUAGAAAAGAACUUUUUGUUCUUGAGCUUAGGAACAUAAGAAGCCGAGCGGAAAAUGCAGUAAGCGAGAAGGGUGACACUGGAAGAGAGUCAACGAACUCGGUGAUCCGAGAGACGAGGUGCUGCGGAAGAAGACAUUGGUGGACGAAAAGGAUGUGUGCGACAUUCAAGGGACAAAAAGCCGGGGAUGAAGUCUGCUCGAGGAGAAGGUCGGAGUUGGGUUCGGGUGAGCGACGAUCAGAGCAUCAUCCAAGCGAGCGGGAUCGAAGAAGAUCAACUUGGAGGUUGAUCUUGAAGACCCGAGGCGCCUCUUCUAUGUUUGCGGGCACCUUGGGUGCCAGGACUGGAGCUGUCCAGCAAAGGCGCGAAGGUGCCUCAAAAGAAUAAGAGGCGCCUCGGAUGAAAGGGCGCGAAGGCACCCUAAGAGGUGCGAAGGUGCCUUCACAUUGAAGGCGCCUUCGACCAUUCAAUAGUCGUUAGGCUACCGUUGAGAAGAGGAUAAAAGUUUAUCUUCUUGGAGGCACUUCCAAGUAACGGUAACUUUUCCUCGGAGGUUAUAAUAAGCCCCCUAGGGCUAGGAAUUAAACAACAACUUGUGUAAU